UGUAUAGUUAUUAAGAUUUCCAUGAAAAUUGAUGUGCUACCCAAAGUCAGAGUAUUACUAUUAGUAUUAGCCUGUUAGGAAAGUAUUACCCAGGAAAAACAAACUCUAUCACCUCACACAUGCAGCAGGCAAAGCAUGAUACCUAUAUGAAAUAUUUUUCAAUUCCUACUGACAGCAUGUUAAGCGACCAUUUGCUUGCUACACCACCCUGUUUGUAUAUGACGCAUUUCAUUGCCUCAUCAACUUCAGAUCACUUCUAUGUAUUUAACUGAGCAAUGUCUUGCACUCUAUUAUUAUACCUGUCAACUUUCAGCAAUGGCUCAGCUAGUUGGACCUGAUGAAAUAGAGUCAUUCAGGAUUGAGUUAGCAGAGCUCGGAAGAAGCAUCAGAUCCUCAUUCAGAAGUACUGAUCAUGUUUCAGGAUUGACUUCGCCCGAGCAUGGAUUAGAUGAAGAAGACGAUAUUGAUCAGUUGCAGUGGGCUGCUGUUGAAAGAUUACCUACCUUCCGAAGAAUCACCACUGCUCUAUUUGCCGAGGAACCAAAUGCCUCAGAUGCUAAAGCCAAAAGAAUUGUUGAUGUUUCCACACUCGGAGCUCAAGAGCGACACAUGUUCAUGGAAAAGCUAAUCAAACAUAUCGAACAUGAUAAUCUACGAUUACUGAAGAAACUUAGAAAACGAAUUCACAAAGCUGGUGUACAGUUGCCCAGUGUAGAAGUGAGAUACAAGAAUCUAUCGGUUGAAGCAGAGUGCAAGGUUGUUCGCGGCAGACCUCUCCCAACUCUUUGGAACACUGCAAAAACUAUGGUUUCUGAACUUUUCAAUUUAGUUUGUUCAAAACAAGAAGCCAAGAUUAGCAUAUUAAAAGAUGUGAAUGGUAUCAUUAAGCCUAGAAGGAUGACUUUACUGCUUGGUCCACCUGGCUGUGGAAAAACUACUUUCUUAUUGGCACUUUCUGGAAAAUUGAGUCAUUCUUCUCUUCAGGUUAAAGGAGAUAUAUGUUACAACGGAUACAAAUUACAAGAGUUUGUUCCUCAAAAAACCUCAGCUUACAUAAGUCAAAAUGAUUUGCAUAUUCCAGAUAUGACUGUUAGGGAAACAAUUGAUUUUUCUGCUCAAUGUCAGGGAAUUGGGACCCGAGCUGAGAUCAUGAAAGAAGUGAGUAGAAAGGAGAAGCAGACAGGGAUAGUCCCAGAUUCUGAUGUGGAUGCUUACAUGAAGGCAGUAUCAAUAGAAGGAUUGAAAAGUAACCUUCAGACAGACUAUAUUUUGAAGAUUUUGGGACUUGAUUUUUGUGCUGACACAAUGGUUGGAGAUGCCAUGAGAAGGGGUAUCUCUGGUGGUCAGAAGAAAAGGUUGACUACUGGAGAGAUGAUUGUGGGACCUACAAAAGCAUUAUUCAUGGAUGAAAUAUCAAAUGGCUUAGACAGUUCCACCACUUUUCAGAUUGUAUCCUGUCUUCAGCAUUUAGUGCAUAUUACUGAUGCUACAGCAUUGAUUUCGCUUCUUCAGCCAGCGCCAGAAACCUUUGAUCUAUUUGACGAUGUCAUUCUGAUGGCAGAGGGGAAGAUUGUUUAUCAUGGUCCGCGUCUUAGUAUCUGCGAAUUCUUCGAGGACUGUGGUUUCAUGUGCCCCGAAAGGAAAGGAGUUGCUGACUUUCUUCAAGAGAUUAUCUCCAGAAAAGAUCAGGCGCAAUAUUGGUGUCACACAGAUAAACCAUACAGUUAUGUUUCUGUUAAUCAGUUUGUUAAGAAAUUCAAUGAAAGUCAGCUUGGCCGGAAACUAAAUGAGGAGCUUUCCAAGCCAUUUGCAAAGUCUGAAAUUCACAAGAGUGCAUUAUCCUUCAGAAAGUACUCGUUACCAAAAAUCGAGCUGUUUAAAGCUUGUGCUAGGAGGGAAUUUCUUUUAAUGAAGAGAAAUGUCUUUAUAUAUGUGUUCAAAACUGUACAGCUAUUGAUUGUUGCUACAAUUACAAUGACAGUUCUGCUACGCUCCACGUUUUCUGCUGAUGCGCUCCAUGCGAAUGAUUACAUGGGUGCUAUAUUCUAUGCACUCAUCCUAUCAAUAGUUGAUGGAAUUCCAGAGGGGCAAAUGACAGUCACGCGACUUGCAGUUUUCCAUAAACAAAAAGAGUUGUGCUUUUACCCGGCGUGGGCUUAUGUUAUUCCUGCCACAAUUCUUAAAAUUCCAGUUUCAUUCUUGCAAGCUUUUGUUUGGACGUCUCUUACUUAUUAUGUUAUUGGUUUCAGCCCUGAGGUUGGAAGGUUCUUCCGUCAGUUUCUUCUACUUUGUUUGCUGCACCUAACAUCGAUAUCCAUGUUUCGCCUUAUCGCCUCUGUCUGUCAAACUAUGGUAGCUACAAUAACUAUAGGAAAUCUUUUUAUAAUGGCUAAUUUUCUGUUUGGCGGCUUCAUUAUCCCGAAACCAUCUAUGCCUGCUUGGUUGAACUGGGGAACGUGGAUUGCCCCAUUGACCUAUGGGGAGAUAGGAUUGUCUGUGAAUGAGUUUCUUGCUCCUCGCUGGCAGAUGAUUGCCUCUGACAACACAACUAUAGGACAGCAAACUCUAGAAAGCCGCGGAUUGAACUAUGAUGAAUACUUUUACUGGAUAUCUGUUGGUGUCUUAAUAGGAUUCACAAUCCUUUUCAACAUUGGCUUUACAUUGGCAUUAACCUUCUUGAGACCUCCUGGAAGAUCUCGUGCUAUUAUUUCUUACGAAAAGUACUAUCAACUGCAAGAAAAGGUAGAUGAUAGUGACAAUAUUGCUGACAAGGACAUCAGACACAUUGAUGCUCAUCCUAUUUCUAGUUCAGAACCCAAAAAUGGAAGGAUGGUUUUACCUUUUGAGCCCCUUGCAAUAACAUUUCAGGAUCUGCAGUACUAUGUUGACACACCUUUGGAAAUGCGAAAACGAGGUUUUGCACAGAAGAAGCUUCAGCUGCUUUCUGACAUUACAGGUUCAUUCAGACCUGGUAUUCUUACAGCAUUGAUGGGCGCUAGUGGAGCUGGAAAAACAACUCUUAUGGACGUUCUUUGUGGAAGGAAAACGGGUGGCACUAUUGAAGGAGAUAUUAGAAUUAGCGGGUACCCAAAGGUUCAUGAGACAUUUGCUAGAAUAUCAGGUUAUGUUGAGCAGACCGACAUACAUUCCCCACAAAUAACAAUAGAAGAAUCUUUGAUAUAUUCUGCAUGGUUGCGACUUCCUUCUGAGAUCGAUCCAAAAACUAAAUCUGAAUUUGUCAAUGAAGUCCUUGAAACUAUAGAGCUCGACGGAAUUAAAGAUUUGCUAGUAGGCUUGCCAGGAAUAACGGGAUUAUCUACUGAGCAGCGCAAACGAAUGACUAUAGCAGUGGAGCUGGUUUCCAAUCCAUCUAUCAUAUUUAUGGAUGAACCCACUACAGGUUUAGAUGCAAGAGCAGCUGCAAUUGUAAUGAGAGCAGUGAAGAAUGUAGUUGAAACAGGUCGAACAGUUGUGUGCACCAUCCACCAGCCAAGUAUUGACAUUUUUGAGGCAUUUGAUGAGUUGGUUCUUCUUAAAAUGGGAGGGCGGAUUAUCUUUUCCGGUCCACUUGGACAGCAUUCAAGAAGGGUCAUUGAAUAUUUUGAGAAUGUUCCUGGAGUGCCUAAGAUUAAGGACAAUUACAAUCCAGCAACAUGGAUGUUAGAGAUCACUUCUAAAUCUGCAGAGACUGAACUUGGCGUAGAUUUUGGACAAAUAUAUGAAGAGUCCACCUCGUAUAAGGAGAAUAAGGAAUUGGUUAAACAGUUGAGUUCUCCAGUACCUGGUUCAAAAGAAUUGCAUUUUCCUACUCAUUACCCGCAAGGUGGUUGGGAACAAUUUAGAGCAUGCUUGUGGAAACAUCACUUAUCAUAUUGGAGAAGUCCUACGUACAAUCUGACUCGUUUGGUUUACAUGAUUGCUGCAUCUAUCGUAUAUGGCGCACUGUUCUGGCAGCAAGGACAGAAAAUUGAUAGCCAGCAGGACUUGUUCAUAUUGAUUGGUUCAAUGUACACAACAAUAGUCUUCUUCGGCAUCAACAAUUGCACCUCAGUCUUACCCUAUGUUUCUACAGAACGAACUGUGUUAUACCGGGAAGGAUUUGCAGGAAUGUAUUCUCCAUGGGCGUAUGCAUUUGCACAAGUGGUGGUGGAGUUGCCGUACUUAUUCUCUGUAGCAAUCAUCUAUGUCGGCAUCACAUAUCCUAUGAUUGGUUAUUCGAUGUCGGCGUACAAGAUAUGUUGGGCAUUUUAUGCAUUGUUCUUCAAUUUGCUGUGUUUUAACUACAUGGGAAUGCUGCUAGUAGCUUUGACACCAAACGUCCAAGUGGCUUCAAUUCUUGCCUCAUCCACGUACACGAUGCUGAUGUUGUUCGCUGGGUACAUCGUGCCAGGACCGCGCAUUCCGAAAUGGUGGAAAUGGUUAUACUACAUUUGUCCCACAUCUUGGGUACUGAAUGGUAUGCUCACCUCACAGUAUGGAGAUAUUGAGAAAGAAAUAUUACUAUUCGGCGAGACCAAAACUGUUUCAGCAUUUCUACAAGAUUACUUUGGCUAUCACCAUGAUUUCCUAGGCGUUGUUGCUGUUGUUCUCAUCAUCUACCCUUUUAUUUUUGCUUCUCUAUUUGCAUAUUUCAUUGGAAAACUCAACUUUCAGAGAAGAUAAACUUAUAUACAAUCUGGUUAAGCAUUGAUUUACUAAAAACAUAAUGAAGAAUCGAGUUGGAGAGGAAUAUUGUAUUUAUGUCUAUCAUUUUCUAUAGGUUUAAUGUGUUGAACAACUUCGACCUUUUAGCCCGUUCUUAGUUUCACUCCGACGUUGUAAAAUCGUCAACUGUAUUUAAAUUCACAUUUUUGGAUUUAAAUUGCAUUCUAAACUUUUCUUCACUUGGAGAAUAGGCCAAUUUAAUUUUUUAUUUUUAAUAUAUAUAUUCUAAAUAGCAAUUGAUAUCAUAAAUCGAACAAAAAAAUAUCCUUCCCUACAAAUUCAAAUAAUAAUAUAAUUAUUAAUGAUAUUUUUUUAUGUUUAUUCUGAUAUUUAGACGACUCCAUUGCCAAUGCCAUGCUCCUCCUCCGACUUUUUGCCGUCUUAUGACCCGCCGUGCGUCUUCCUCGAGACGAACCCGAUUUGAGGUCUGAACCAGAUCCGGUUCGUCUUCUCUCCGUGGAAAAUAACUGGACGACCGGUUCGUCUUCCACCAGGAAGACUAAUAGAAUUCCGAAUUAUGUAUAGCAAAGUUGUCGUUUUGUAUGUACAGGAAAGGUGUCGUUUUGUAU